ACGUUUUCCAUAGCCCUCAUAAUCGGAAACGCGCGUGAAGAAAACCAAUCCAACAGAGACAGAUAGAGAGAAAGAGAGAGAGAGAGAGAAGACGCCGGCUUCCUCCAAGCAAUGCAUAAGAGAAUAAAGUGAAAAGUCAGAGCUUCUCUCCCCACCCCACCUCCCCCACUUUGCGUAAGCCUCCUUCCUCCUUCUUCUUGUUCGAUUCUCAUAGCAGAGACAGAGGCAGAGAAGCAACUUCCUUUGCCCAGAGAGAGAGAGAGAGAGAGAGACAGAGAGAGGUAUAGCUUGAUUGAUUGAUUGUUCCAGAAUGAACCAGAAGGCCAGCGUUUCUGAACAGCUGAAUGCCAAGCACCGAAAGAGGGUAGCCUAGGCUAUGCAAGUGAAACGAAGUCGGGUUGCCCAAAAGUUCGUAGUUUUGCUGCUGUUUUCGUGCUUUUUUCAGCUCAUCAGCAGGUAGAUGAGUCCUGUGUUAUCUGAUAAGUUAUUGAGCUUCAAGUGAGAACCUGCAAACUAUUGGAUUACUGUGAACAGAUAUUGGAGAGUCUACUUAAGUUGCCAGAAAACAGGGAGUGUGCCGACUGUAAAAGCAAAGCUCCUCGAUGGGCAAGCGUGAACCUGGGGAUAUUCAUUUGUAUGCAAUGUUCGGGAGUACAUAGGAGUCUUGGAGUACACAUAUCUAAAGUGAGAUCUGCUACCUUAGACACCUGGCUACCCGAGCAAGUUGCUAAUAUUCAAUCUAUGGGAAAUGAGAAAGCAAAUAGCUACUGGGAAGCAGAGUUGCCUCCAAACUAUGACAGAGUUCGGAUUGACAAUUUUAUUCGUGCAAAGUAUCAAGAGAAAAAAUGGAUUCCUCGUCCGGGAAAUGUAAAAUCUUCUCCAAACAUGACCAAAAGUAAAUCCCCCAUUCACCAGUCUGUGGCCAACAAUGAUGUCAGGCAUGAGCAUCAGGGUAACAGACAACAUGCUUUGGAGGAUAGGAAGAAUUCACUUUUGCCUAGCGCAAACAGCAGAGUUGUUGCAGAAAGUAAAAUUUCGAUGCCUUCAAAAGUAAACCAACAGAUAAUUUCUGACCCAAAACUGCAUGAAGUCAUGGAGAAACCUAAACCAGCACCUACAAUCCCUAGCCCCCAUUCCAUGAAACGGCAGCAGGCAACUUCUGCUCUGGUAAUAUCUGACUCAAAGCCGCGUGAAGAUGUGGAGAAACCAAAACCAGCGCUGACAUCCCCUGUCCCCCAGCUCAUGAAACAGAAGCCGCCAACUUCUGCUUCAGUAGGCCCACCACCCAAAGUUGAUUAUGCCACUGAGCUUUUCAAUUUGCUGGGCAUGGAAGAUUGUAAAGAGAAUGGAAAUGGGAUGAAUUACUCUAAUAGCGAUUCGUCGACAGGUUCGCAUUCUGUGGAAACAAAGUCAACAUCCGUAGGAAGCAGAACAUCAGCAGAAGAUGUUAAGAAAGAUAUGGGCAGCCUCUUCAACGAAGUAUACCUAAAAACUAUGGAACAAGCCCACAUGGUGUCCCCAGUCUCGACCCAUCAACAGCAACUUGGGAUUGUGUCUCAAAAACAGUCAUCAAUCAUGGCUCCCAUGUCAGAAAGAUACAGUGGUCAACCUCAAAAUUCUAAUGCCAAGCUUCAUCGGUCUGGUAUUAAUGGCGCCCCCUUACCAAUUCAACAAAACUGGGCAGUCAUAGGCAAUCACUCUCCUAGAAUGAUGCAGAUACCAAAUGGUCAACAGACUAAGCUUGUUAGUUCAGUUCCUUACCCAACUCAGAGUCAGAGCAGUUAUAGCGGUAGGCCAGGAGCUCCAAUAAAUGGUUCAAUAGGCGGAAGAGCGGCUUUUGCCCCACAUUCAAAGCCCCGACCCUCCAUUACGCCGACUCCAUCAGGGCAUGAUUAUGAUUUUUCAUCUCUAACUGAAGGAAUGUUUGCAAAACGGUAAAUAGUUGGUUUCCUAGUUUCAUCCAGCAGAGGGAUUAGUUAAUCACUUAGCAUGAAAUUAGCAUUUUAGUCAAUAUUUGGUUUGGGGUUCUUCGCUAUACGAAGGUUAGAUUGAUUCUUUGUAUUAUAUUUCUGAUUUGUGAUGCUUGUGUUACAAUAAAGGCGGGGUUGUAUGCAUGAUACAUUUUUUUCCCGAGAAUUAAUGAAGAUGAAAUGAAAAUUGAUCGGUGUAAGUUCGUAUUUUAUCUUUCAA